GUAAAAGAACCAGCUAAUAUUGUCCUCUUCCCCAGAGAGAAAAAAAAUAAAAUAAAAUCAAUGUCCCUUGCUUCCGCGUCUCUUAAAUCAACUGUGACACUCCCUCUCAUCGAAGACGAACCGGAACCUCAAAUAAAAAAAUUCGCCGGAAAAAGCCACUUUAUUCACCGGGAAACAAGAAUGGGAAAUUGCUCAUGGAAGGGGCUUUACGGAGAAUACGAAGAUUCAGUGAGGGUAUUAACGGAAUCCGGCGGGAUCAUGGAGUUUGAGGGCCCCUUGCAGGUAACCUCCAUCACUGAAAACUUCCCCGGCUACGGAAUAUUCCGUCCAGGCAACGUCUCCCUGUCCUUACCGGGCCACGCCUGGCUCCCAAACGGCCAGUUGUUCUACCUCCUUCCGUUGAGCACAGAGAAAGCCCCGUUAGAGAUGGACAAAUCCCCAUCAUUGGAAGAGGAAGCAGCAAAAGAAUUGACGGAGGGGGAGACGUUAGGGCCCGUUAGGGUUUCGUCAGGGGAGGCAACGGCGGAGGAAAUAUUCCGUCGGCCGAGCUUUGAGGUAUUGCCGUCGAAGGGAAGGGGCAUGUGGAGGGUAAGAUUGGUAAUGAGUAGGGAGCAAUUGGCUGAGAUUUUGGCGGAACAAAGUGAUACCGAGGCGCUAAUUGAAAGUAUGAGGUUGGCUGCUGUCAGAUUCCGGCAGCCGGAAUCCACUACACUAUCGGAAUCCGGAGGUCGUAUCCCAAAUUCCGGCCAGGUGUGAUUUUUCGGCGGUGGGUUUUGGAUUAAAAGUUUGGGUUGUAAAUACUUUUGAGUUUUCAUUGUGGUGGGAAAAUAUGGAUUGCAUACUUUCUCGA